AUGGGUCUAAACUAUUCAUUUGCGAAUUUUGUAAAAGUGGUUUUGGUAGUGCGAUUUCAUCGAAUUUAUAUAGAAAUGGCGACUGAAACUUUAAUUCCUCUUGAAUCUAACCCUGAAGUUAUGAAUAAAUUUCUUCAAAAAUUGGGUGUCCCCAGCAAAUGGAAUAUCGUCGAUGUUAUGGGCUUAGAGUCUGAAAUGUUGUCAUGGGUUCCACGCCCUGUUCUCUCAGUUAUGUUGCUUUUUCCCGUUUCUAAUGCAUACGAAGAGUAUAAGCAAAAAAGAAGAAAAUGA